GUGGUGGUGGUGGUGAUGUAUUUCCUUUUGAACUGCGUUGGCGUAUGGUCGUCAUGCCGGGCAAGCAGGAACACCGUGCGUAGUCACUUUCGCUGGUGGCCGAUUGGAGCCUUGCUCUUUGCCAGCAGUGAGGGGUCCGGCCUCUUCAUCGGGCUGGCUGGUAGCGGAGCCUCGGGGGGCAUCGCCGUGGCUGGCUUCGAAUGGAAUGCCACGUACAUCCUCCUGGCAUUGGCCUGGGUCUUCGUCCCAGUCUACCUGUCUUCCGAGAUCAUCACCAUGCUGGAGUACCUCCAGAGAUGCUUUGGAGGGGAGAGGAUUCGGAUUGGCCUGUCCCUAUUGUCUCUCCUGCUCUCCAUCUUCACCAAGAUAUCAACAGACUUGUACUCGGGAGCCCUCUUCAUUCAGGUCUGCCUCGGCUGGAAUCUUUACCUUUCCACCGUCUUGAUGCUGGUCGUAACUGCUGUCUAUACCAUUGCAGGUGGGCUGACGGCAGUCAUCUACACUGAUGCUCUGCAAGCCCUCGUCAUGGUUGUUGGCGUGAUCCUCUUGACGGUAAUUGCCUUCCUCCAGAUUGGGGGCUACCACAACCUGGAGGAGGCCUACUUAGCUGCCACCCCGUCGAAGAUUGUCCCCAACAUGACUUGCCACCUGCCCAGGCAGGACGCAAUGCAUCUCUUCCGGGAUCCCAUCACCGGAGACCCGCCCUGGACGGGCAUGACUCUGGGGCUCUCCAUCUUGGCCACUUGGUACUGGUGUACCGGCCAGGUCAUUGUCCAAAGGUCCCUCUCGGCCAAGAAUCUCAACCACGCCAAGGCCGGCUCCAUCCUUGCCAGCUAUUUGAAAAUGCUGUUGAUGAUUGUCAUUGUUAUGCCGUGCAUGAUUAGCCGAAUUCUGUACUCAGAUGCUGUUGGGUGUGUUGAUCCAGAAGAAUGCACCCAAGUCUGUGGAGCAGAAGUUGGAUGCGCCAACAUCGCCUAUCCCAAACUGGUGAUGGAACUCAUGCCUAGCGGUCUGUGGGGGUUAAUGGUGGCUGCUAUAAUGGCUGCCCUCGUGUCACCCCUGACGUCCAUCUUCAAUCGCAGCGGUGCCCUCUUCGCCAUGGACAUCUGGAGGAAGGUCUGGCAGGAGGCCAGUGAGAAGGAGCUGCUGCUGGUCGGAAGGUGGAGGCAAUGUGCUAUAGGGAUGAGGGUGGUCUGGAUGCCCAUCCUGCAGAACUCCAACAGCGGGCAGCUCUUCAUCUACAUUCAGCCGGUCACCAGCUACCUCGCCCUUCCCGUCACGGCCGUCUUUUUUCUUCUGGCUGUUUUUUGGAAGCGAGCCAAUGAGCAGCUGCCUCUAUAGAGCGGAGCCUUUUGGGGCCUGAUGGUGGGCCUGGCAGUGGGGCUGAGCCAGAUGGCCUUGGAGUUCGCGUACCCUGUGCCCCGCUGUGGCGUCCUGGACCAGCGCCCUUCCUUCGUGAGGGACGUCCAUUACCUGCACUUUGCGGUCCUCCUGUGUCUCCUGACUGCUGCUGCAGUGGUGGGCGUCAGCUGGCUAACUCUGCCUCCGUCCGAAGCCCAGAUAAAGGAUGUGACUUGGUGGACUUGCCGGUCCCUGGAGGCACCUGUGUCCCUCCAUCUCUCGUGCCCGAGUCGCUGCCUGGAACAGAGAAAGAUGGCGGGUCUCUUGUGCGGGAACCAAACUUCUCUUUUCAGGGAACCCCGACCGAGAGCUCUCCCAGGAACCCCCCAGCCGAGGUCCUUUGGUGGUGAGCGGGAAGUUGAAGGCGCCCCAGAGGGGCGUGGCAGGAGCAAGGACAGGGCAGCACCUGGCUUCUGGUCGCGGGUCUGCUCUGCCAACAUCGUGAUCCUCGUCAUCAACCUCUUUUUCUACGCUUACUUCGCUUAA